AUGGCUGAUGAAAGCAGUUCCACAGAGUGUACUACUCAAGAGCUUAAAUCGUCAUAUACAGUGGUCCCGAUGAAAGAAUUUAGCUGGUCAUUUUCCAAAUCUUUGGAUAUGUUCCAUUGUAAUGGAUUCCAACAUCGCCUGGCGCAUCUGUUUAUGGAUGUUUAUUUACAAAUUAAUCUUACUAACGAACAGUCUUAUCAAAUUUAUCAGGGUACGAACUGUUCACAAGUAUUUCAAUAUCAUCGUGAUGAUCAACGUCUGUGGGGAUUAGUCCAACGAGUCAAAUUACUACGUUCUAAGCAGUUAAAUCCAUUUGAUAAGACUGUGAUUGGUAUCAGUACUGUUUAUCCAUAUGAAGUUAGAAUACGCGUAUGGAAAAUAAAUUACAUGCGACUAGCUAUUUUUAUUGGCAGUAUUUUAUUAUUUCUGAUGUCACGUUCAUUGGUACGAAAUGCCAUUUUUUAUUAUACAAGUGGCUGUGCUAUUGGAAUUCUUACUUCACUGUUAAUAAUAGGAUUUGUGGUUUAUCGAAUGACUCCAAAAAACUGGAUAGGAAUCCCUUUUGUCUUAGGUGGCUGGUCUGUUUCGGCAUAUAUUAUCUUAUUUCUUUGGAAAAAUUUUGCAUCGUUGGUUUUACAGUAUCAAAAAUUUGUAGCAGCAUACUUGAUCACAGUUAUCAUGAUAUCAUUUGUAAUAUGUUAUCGUGUAGGACCACCAACUGAUAUCAGAUCUCAUAAUCUUGCACAGUGGGCAUUGCAGCUUAUAGCUGUCAUUUUAAUAUAUUCUUCAUGUCAAAUAACAGAUAUAUCUGUUGGAACUAUUGCUUUGUUAUUGCUGUGGUCACUAUUGAACAAAUGGCUGAUGAAAGUUGUGGCGAAAUUUAUGUCUAUUGGUAGAAUUGUAUGGCAGUUUUUAUUCCCACAGUGUCAACGCCUUCUAACGGUGGAAGAAUAUCGACAACAAGGUGAAGAAGAAACUAGAAAAGCUUUGGAAAAACUGCGACAAUACUGUCAAAGUCCUAAGGCAAAUGCCUGGAGAAUAACUUCUGUAAUGAGUGAUCCAAAGCGGUUUGCCAAUUUUGUUGAUGGCAGUUGUGGCCAUAUUAGUGAGGAAGAAUCCCAAUUGUAUGAUUUAGAAAGUGCUGAUUACAAUGAUUUUUCUGAUGAUAGUGGAGAAGACUCAUAUAUUGUUGCACAACGUUAUAGUUUAAGGGAAAAUUAUGAUUCUUCGAGGAGUACGCAAAAAGCUUUCGAGAACUCUGUAUCGCAUAUGCAUUCUACAAACGAAAGAAGGAAUGUACGGCAGCGAGCAUCUCGUGGUGGAAAUGACGAUAUGAAUUCUCUCGAAGUUGAAAAUGACUUAAGUUAUGAUUGGUUGAGUCGUUCAUUGCCUCUGAAAAGUUCUUAUAGAAAAUCCCGAAAUGACGGCCAGUUAUGUGAUGGCAGAUCAGUACUCCGUGAUUCCUUUCAUUCACGCAAUCGUAGGGAAAAAUUUAUCAGAAUAAAAAUUCCUUUUGCAAGUCGAGACAAUCUAAGACGCGAUGGAUCGAACGAUAGUCCAGAUCAAGCCUUUUUUAGUUACUACAGAAGCAGUACUUGA